UCUCUCUCUCUUCCUCUCUUCCUCUCUGCCUCUCUCUCUCUCUCUCUAUCUCUCUAUACCACAAGACCAACUCUCCAGCUUGCUCUCAUGGAAACCCUACCUAUUCUCUUUACCCUAUUUGGUGCUACAUUUUUGUAUCUCUUCUGGUUCUACCUCUUGGCUCGGAAACUCACAGGUCCGACCGUUUGGCCAUUCUUGGGCAGCCUUCCGGUUCUCUUUAUGAACCGGAAUUCAAUCCACGACUGGAUCACGAGUAACCUCCGUGCCACAGGCGGUUCCUCCACGUACCAAACAUGUACACUCGCUCUCCCUUUCUUGGCUCGCAAGCAAGGGUUGUUCACCGUGACAUGUAACCCAAAAAACAUCGAGCACAUUCUCCGAACCCGAUUCGACAACUACCCCAAAGGGCCAACGUGGCAGGCCGCUUUUCAUGAUCUUUUGGGGGAAGGAAUAUUCAAUAGCGACGGAGAGACGUGGCUGAUACAGAGGAAAACAGCGGCGUUGGAGUUCACAACUCGGACGCUGAGGCAGGCCAUGGCUCGGUGGGUGAACCGGACCAUCAGGAACCGGCUGUGGUGCAUUUUGGAUAAGGCGGCCAAAGAUCACAUCGCGGUGGACUUACAGGACCUUUUGCUUCGGUUGACGUUCGACAACAUUUGCGGCCUCACAUUCGGCAAAGACCCGGAAACGCUGUCACCGGAAUUACCCGAUAACCCGUUUGCCAAGGCAUUCGACAACGCCACCGAAGGCACUCUCCAACGCCUCCUCUAUCCCUCUUUCCUUUGGCGACUGCAGAAGAUCUUCGGCCUCGGAGCCGAGCGACAGCUAGAGAAGAGCCUCCGUGUCGUCGAGAACUACAUGAACGAAGCCAUCGUAGCGCGCAAAGCGACGCCGUCCGACGACCUGAUCUCCCGCUUCAUGAACAAGCGCGACGUCGAUGGGAACCCCUUUCCGAGCGCCGUCCUCCAGCGCAUCGCCCUCAACUUCGUCCUCGCCGGCCGCGACACGUCGUCCGUCGCUCUCAGCUGGUUCUUCUACCUCGUCAUGAACAAUCCCCAAAUCGAGGCCAAGAUCGUCGGCGAGAUCUCGACAGUCCUGAAAUCGACACGUGGCGACGAUCAGCGCCUCUGGCUCGAAGAGCCCCUGGUGUUCGACGAGGCCGAUAAAUUGGUCUAUUUGAAAGCGGCGCUGGCUGAGACUUUACGAUUGUACCCUUCCGUACCGGAGGACUUUAAGUACGUUGUGAACGACGACGUUUUGCCGGACGGGACUUUUGUGCCGGCCGGUUCGACGGUGACGUAUUCGAUCUACUCGGUGGGGAGGAUGAAGAGUAUAUGGGGGGAGGACUGUAUGGAGUUUAAACCGGACCGGUGGAUUUCGGCCGACGGGAACCGGUUCGAACCUCCCAAGGACAGUUACAAGUUCGUGGCGUUCAAUGCCGGACCGAGGACUUGUUUAGGGAAGGACUUGGCUUACCUGCAGAUGAAGUCGGUGGCUUCGGCCGUACUGUUGCGUUACCGGCUGUCUCCGGUUCCCGGUUUCCGUGCCCAGCAGAAGAUGUCUCUCACGCUCUUCAUGAAGAAUGGGCUUCAGGUGUAUUUGCAUCCACGUCAGCUUGGUGGUGGGCCAGGUCAGGUCGCCGCCACCUCAGCAUAAGGGGGGGUAUUUUCGGGAUUGAGAAAAAGAGAAGAUCAAAACUGUGCCAUCUGUGUGGGAUACAAAUUGAAGUCAUUUAAUUUGUUUUUAAUUUAAAAAAAAUGUAUAUGUAACUUUGUUGUUGGGUCUGUUGGGUAGGGUAAGUGGAUCUGGGUUUUAGUGGGUUGAAUAUGAGUA